AUGGGGGCUUACAGAUAUAAUCGCAUGAGCUUUGGAGCAGAGAAGGUUAAAUCUUCUUCUUCGGGAGUUCGCCCAUCAGAACGUCGGAAGAGACGGUCGAACAAAGUCUUCAAGAACAGGGAAGAGAUAGAGAACCAAAGGAUGACUCACAUUGCCGUUGAAAGAAAUCGCCGGAGACAGAUGAACCACUACCUCUCUGGCCUCCGGUCCUUGAUGCCACCUUCUUAUUCUCAAAGGGGGGAUCAGGCAUCAAUUGUAGGAGGAGCAAUUAAUUUCGUGAAGGAGCUGGAACAACUCCUCCAAAUCCUAGAAGCUCAUAAGCAAAUUAAGCAACAAUCAAACACUUGUAACUCUUCUCUCUUUGCCAAUUUCUUUACUUUUCCACAAUACUCAACCUGUCCGACUGGCCACAACUCGGUGGUUGCCACCGAGUCGAUGGCUGACAAGUGGUCUCCGGUGGCUGAUAUCGAAGUGAACAUAGUGGAAAAUCAUGCCAACAUCAAAGUACUAUCAAGAAGAAGACCAAAGCAACUCUUGAAGAUGGUUAAUGGCUUUCACUCUAUAAACCUUACUCUCAUGCAUCUCAACAUCUCCACUGUUGAGAAUAUGGUACUCUACUCUUUCAGUGUAAAGGUUGAAGAUGACUGUCAUCUGACUACUGUUAAUGAGAUUGCAACCGCAGUGCAUGAGAUGGUCGCCAUGAUCCAACCAGAGCAAACUGAUAAAAAAUCGCAAGAUAAUCAAUCAGAACAAGUGCAGAAGCCGAGAGUGGCUACACGGACGAUAAACAACCAGAAGCUGAAUUCUAAAGGUUUGGAAGGCGGUGAAAUUUCAAUGGGUCUUAUGCUUUCUCCGAAAUCCGGCAUCGAGCUUAUGCAGAACUGUGAUUUGCCUCCACCCCUCAAAGUCUUUUCCGGCCCGGAUAAGAAAGUCAUACCACCCAUGAAUAGUUUGAUAGGCCAGGAAGAGGAGGCGGUGGCAUUUCCGAUGUCGAGAAGUGGGUCCGAGGGGGAGAAUUUGGAGCUUUUAAGGGCCUUGCGGCUAUCACAAACAAGAGCAAGAGAAGCAGAGAGGAAAGCUCAAGUGCUGGUUAAGGAGAGAGAUACUCUUUCCAAUGGUCUGAUAAAAGAAUCGGCUCAAUUGUUUGCUUACAGGCAAUGGGUGAAAUUGCUUGAAGUUCAAGUGUCUGUAUUACAAUGGCAGCAGCAGCAGCAAAAGCUAUUUGGCAGUUGUUAUGAAGAUUCAACGGAGGAAGAUGAUGCUAAUGAAGAAGGCAAGGGCAGGAUGAGAUGGUUCGUGGCUUUGGCCUUUUGUUUGGGUAUUGCUGGUUUUGGCCUUAUGUUUAAUUGGAGAUACCUGUUUUGA